AUGGCCUAUAGGGUCCUGGGCCGUGCGGGGCCACCUCAGCCGCGGAGGGCGCGCAGGCUGCUCUUCGCCUUCACGCUCUCGCUCUCCUGCACUUACCUGUGUUACAGCCUCCUGUGCUGCUGCGACGACCUCGGCCAGAGCCGCCUCCUUGGCGCGCCUCGCUGCCUCCGCGGCGCCAGCGCGGGCGGCCAGAAACUUCUCCAGAAGUCCCGGCCCUGCGAUCUCCCGGGCCCGACGCCCAGCGAGCCCAGCGCUUCCAGCGCGCCCGCCGCUGCCGCGCCCGCCCUUCGCCUCUCCGGUUCCAACCACUCCGGCUCACCAAAGCUGGGUACCAAGCGGUUGCCCCAAGCCCUCAUUGUGGGCGUGAAGAAGGGGGGCACCCGGGCCGUGCUGGAGUUUAUCCGCGUGCACCCGGAUGUGCGGGCCUUGGGCACCGAGCCCCACUUCUUCGACAGGAACUACGGCCGCGGGCUGGACUGGUACAGGAGCCUGAUGCCCCGGACCCUCGAGAGCCAGAUCACACUGGAGAAGACCCCCAGCUAUUUCGUCACUCAAGAGGCCCCUCGCCGGAUCUUCAACAUGUCCCGAGACACCAAGCUGAUAGUGGUCGUGCGGAACCCCGUGACCCGCGCCAUCUCCGAUUACACGCAGACGCUCUCCAAGAAGCCCGACAUCCCUACCUUCGAGGGCCUCUCCUUCCGCAACCGCACGCUGGGCCUGGUGGAUGUGUCCUGGAAUGCCAUCCGCAUAGGCAUGUACGCGCUGCACCUGGAGAGCUGGCUGCGCUACUUCCCGCUGGCCCAGAUCCACUUCGUCAGCGGCGAGCGACUCAUCACUGACCCAGCCGGCGAGAUGGGGCGGGUCCAGGACUUCCUGGGCAUUAAGAGGCUCAUCACGGACAAGCACUUCUACUUCAACAAGACCAAAGGAUUCCCUUGCUUGAAAAAAACAGAAUCGAGCCUCCUGCCUCGAUGCCUGGGCAAAUCAAAAGGCAGAACUCAUGUACAGAUCGAUCCGGAAGUGAUAGACCAGCUCCGGGAAUUUUAUAGACCUUAUAAUAUUAAAUUUUAUGAAACUGUUGGCCAGGACUUCAGGUGGGAAUGA